CUGCGACGCUCUUCCGACUUCUUCUUGCAAGCACCUCGAUACGCAGCCUAGUCACCAUGUCUGCGCCCAUCUUUGCUGAUGAGGGCACCCAAGAGCGCGCUGAGUCUGCUCGCCUCUCGGCCUUCGUAGGGGCGACAGCCCUCGCCGACCUAGUCAAGACGACGCUCGGCCCCAAGGGCAUGUCGAAGCUCGUCCAAUCUGUAGGAACAUCAGAGAUCACAGUCACAAACGACGGGGCCACGAUCCUCAAGUCAAUCCCACUCGACAACGCCUCGGCCAAGAUCCUCGUCUCCAUCUCAAAGACGCAGGACGACGAGGUGGGCGAUGGGACGACGACUGUCUGCGUCUUGGCGGGAGAGCUGUUGAGAGAGGCGGAGAAGUUGAUUGAGCAGAGGAUUCAUCCCCAGACUAUCGUCGAGGGGUAUCGUAUCGCGAGUAAGGCGGCACUCGAGGCAUUAGAUGAGGCGGCCAAGGACAAUGGCAAGGACCAAGACCUCUUCCGCCAAGACCUCAUGAACAUCGCCCGUACCACCCUCUCAUCCAAGGUCCUCUCUGCAGACAAGGACUACUUCGCUAACCUCGCAGUCGACGCCGUGCUCCGUCUCAAGGGCUCCACGAACCUCGAGAACAUUCAAAUCAUCAAGAAAGUUGGCGGCAAGCUGACAGACUCCUACCUCGACGAGGGCUUCAUCCUCGACAAGCGCAUCGGGACCAACUGCCCAAAGCGCAUGACAAACGCCAAGAUCCUCAUCGCCAACACUUCCAUGGACACGGACAAGAUCAAGGUCUUUGGCGCGCGCGUCCGUGUAGAGGGCACAGGCAAGCUGGCCGAGCUGGAGCGCGCUGAGAGGGAAAAGAUGAAGGCCAAGGUGGAGCGCAUCAAGUCUCACGGGAUCAACUGCUUUAUCAACCGUCAGCUCAUCUACAACUACCCGGAGGCCAUUCUCGCCGACAGCGGGAUCAUGAGCAUUGAGCAUGCGGACUUUGAAGGGGUGGAGAGACUGAGCCUUGUCACUGGGGGAGAGAUUGCGUCGACAUUUGACCACCCGGAGCUGGUCAAGCUGGGACACUGCGAUGUGAUUGAGGAGGUCAUCAUUGGCGAGGACCGCCUCAUCAAGUUCUCGGGCGUGGCCGCGGGAGAGGCGUGCACCGUCGUCCUCAGGGGAGCGUCGACGCAGAUGGUCGACGAGGCGGAGCGAUCCCUCCACGACGCCCUCGCUGUGCUUUCGCAGACUGUCAAGGAGACGCGCACCACCCUCGGUGGCGGCUGUUCGGAGAUGGCCAUGUCGAAGCGUGUGGACGAGGUGGCGAGGAGAACGCCGGGCAAGCAGGCAUUGGCCGUCGAAUCGUUUGCGCAUGCCCUGCGACAGCUCCCUACCAUAUUGGCUACCAAUGCUGGGCUGGACGCGAGCGACCUCGUAUCGCGAUUGAGGGCGGCGCAUCAGGAGGGACAGACGGAUGCUGGCCUCAACUUGGACGAGGGGACGGUUACGAGCAUGGUGGAGCGCGGUGUCACGGAGAGCUACAAGUUGAAGAGGCAGGUGAUUCUGUCGGCGAGCGAGGCUAGCGAGCUCAUCCUCAGGACGGAUGCCGUGCUGCGUGCGGCGCCUCGUCGUCGCGAUGCCCUCUAGCGGCGGGGCGAGUGCGGCGGGGAUAGACGGGUGCUAUGGCGGCGUUAGGGAACGAGGCAGCUAUCAGAGCCAUUUAAUGCCAUCGCAUGCUAGCUGCCCUAUCUCAUUGCGAAGCGAAGGGUGGCAUCGCUCGCUACCUCGCCCUGCUAGCGGGAUCGCAUCGUGCUCACUCCCUCUGCUAGCUCGAGCGGGUGAAUGAUCUUUCACCCCUGCCCUCAUCCUUCGUGCUAGCCUGAUUGUGACUUGGAUCUCUUCCCAGUCUCUGGGUGCUCUACGCCUUCCACGAUUAGCCUUCCCGUCUUCUUCGCCUACCCGCAACGCUAAUUCAAUGCCCGUGAGAUUGAGCGCCCAAUGUCCGUGAGAAAUCAGGCAGCAGCGCGCCAAGCCCCAGUCGUGAGUGGGCGCGCGCCCCCCUGUGGGUCCGCGAUCG